CGUGUGUUUACCCCAUCCUGUGAUUUGUAGAUCUGCGGUGACUCAGAGACAGCAGCGGUGGAAACGAAGGUCACCUCCCCUUACCUAAACUCAGUAACGCAGCUCGUCAACGUGAGUUCAGAGGUUCAGAGGUAUCUUUGUGACAGUUUAGAGACAUCAUGGAUAAUUUUGACUACAACGCUUCAGAGAAAGCAGAGGCGUCGGAGCUUCAGCGGAUGAUCGCCAUCGAGCAGCAGAAGGCUCAGUUCCAGGCCCAGGUGCACACUUUCACUGACGUCUGCUGGGACAAGUGCGUGGACAGCCCCGGCUCCAAGCUGGACUACAGGACGGAGACGUGUCUGCAGAGCUGCGUGGAGCGCUUCAUCGACACCACCCUGACCAUCACCAACCGCUUCACACAGAUGGUGCAGAAGGGAGCUCAUUAAGGAUCCAAGUGGACUAUAGAAGACUGUGAAAUUAGACGUGAAUUAAAGCUUUUGUAUCUCUGUGGUGUCGGUGGACGAGAACGUGAAGAGACAUUUUUUUAUAUGAAUCACUGUGUUUUCUUCAAAAUGUGAUACAAGUUAAAGCUCUGCAUGGGUGUAGCUGCGUGUGGCAGCAAGAGAACGUGAUGUGAUGAUAGUAAAGUGACACGUUACUCUCAGGC